AUGUCAUCGAUGGUGAAGACAGGCGAUAGUAACAUCUGGUCCCCACGUAUGAUGCCAUUCUGGUGUUCCCAUAAUGCCACAGCAGCCGCAGCCGCUGCCGUUGAUUUCACUGCUGGUGGCGAUAAGCAGAGCAUGCUGCAUCAGACCACUUUCGACGCACUUCCUGCGCAAAGUUUUUAUCCGGCCCGUUGGCCUGCACCUCCGGCUACUGCGGACACAUAUCCGGAACAACCACGAUGGAAUUCCGACCAUGUCUACCCAAUGUUUCCUUUUGUACAGUCAGAGACCUAUCCAUCGGAUCCGUUCCCCUCGACGUCUGUGUCGGGACCGAUGGAUUACAAAGUCAAUGCUUUCUACCCAAAUGCGAUCUUAGGUUCCGGUUACCCAACUGACUAUAAUCAGUUUACACUGGUGAAAACAACUGUCGAAAUUGCGCGAUGUGCUGGCGCAACCGAACCGGCAACUGUUGAGGACAGCGCUUUAUCGAGUUGCCGAUUGACUGUGGUCGUUUCAGAUGUACGAGUACGGACAUCCGACAAAUAUCGCAUGGUCUACUCAGACUAUCAACGACUUGAACUCGAAAAAGAAUUCUGUACGAGUACGUUUGUGACGUCGGAACGUAAAGCCGAAUUAUCUACGUUGUUAAAUCUCACCGAACGUCAAAUCAAAAUCUGGUUCCAGAAUCGGUGA